CGUAUUAGUUGUAUAAAUUGUCAAAAGGGCAUACACAGCAAAAUUUGCAACCCCUUUACAGCACCGAGCAAAGCUCAGACGGUCAAACAUGGUUAUUGAAGGAAACCUCAGUUCAGAGCAGCUUCAGUUCUUCGAAUCUCAUGGGUAUUUGGUGUUAGAAUCAUUUGCAAGCCCAGAAGAGAUCCAUUCUAUGAGAAAGAGAAUGGAACAGUUGCUUGAUGAGUUUGAUUACUCUUCCGCUGCUUCUAUUUUUUCUACCAAGAACCAACAAGAAACGACUAAUGACCACCUCUUUGAAAGUGCUGAGAAGAUUUCAUUCUUCUGGGAAGAGAAAGCAUUUGAUGAAGAUGGCAACUUAAAGCAGCCAAAGCAACUCUCAAUAAAUAAAGUUGGGCAUGCUCUUCAUGAAAAAGAUGCUGUAUUUAACAAGUUCUCUAGCUCAGACAAAGUCUCAAGCAUGCUGCGAUCCUUGGGUUACCAGAGGCCAGUAGUCAUUCAGUCAAUGUACAUAUUUAAGCAACCAGGUAUUGGGGGUGAAGUGGUGCCGCACCAAGAUAACUCUUUUCUGUACACUGAACCAACAACAUGCACUGCCUUGUGGCUAGCUUUAGAGGAUGCAACAAUUGUAAAUGGCUGUCUAUGGGCUAUACCAGGGUCCCACAAAAAUGGCCUUGUAAGGAGAUUCGUUAGAGAUGAAAAUGGAGUUCAUUUUGAUAAGCCAUCUCCAUGCUAUAACCAGAAGGAUUUCGUUCCACUUGAAGUAAAAGCUGGAUCUUUGGUAAUCUUUCACGGAGAUCUUAUUCACCAGAGUUUUGAGAACCAGUCUUCAAAGUCACGACAUGUAUACAGUUUACAUGUAGUGGAUACUAAUGGCUGCAAAUGGGCAGAAGACAAUUGGAUUAGAAGAAAUGUAGAUCCAGAGCCCUUGUUCAGUUCGUGAAUCAACUGCUAGUUUCUUACUGAAAUACCAAGUGAACCUUGGAGUGAGCGACCUGUUUAAGUUUCUUAGCUCACUUUAUUCAUGUCAUUGAAUAUGUUUUGUUUUUCAAGUAUAAAAAUAAAGAAGGUAGAAAUGGCACCAGGCUAAACUUAUAGCUUGUUUUGACAAAUUUUGCAUCGCUCAUCCCCUUCCUCUGGGGGUUUGAAGUUUUGAUUUGAAAGAGCCUAAUUUCAUAUGGGAGGUUUUAAGUUUGAGCCUAAUAUACUGUUGUCAUUAAUUACAAGAUUUGUUCAAAUA